AUGGAGUUCAAGUUUGUCUUUAACCCAGUAUCGGUCUUCGUCUUCCUCUCCUUCGUGUUCUGCAUAAACAUAUUAUGGAGAAGAUCAAAAGCUUCAAGAAGGCAAAAGUUGCCGCCCGGUCCGUGGAAAUUACCCCUCAUCGGAAGCCUCCACCAUUUGGUCGGCGGUUCGCUUCCACAUCGUACUCUCAGAAAUUUGUCAAGAAAAUAUGGACCCAUAAUGCACUUGCAGCUGGGCGAAAUCUCCACCAUUGUCAUAUCCUCUCCUGAACUGGCAAAAGCCAUAACCAAAACCCACGACGUCGUCUUCGCCAACCGACCAAAGAUAAUGUCGUUCGACGUUGUCUUUUACAAGUGCGAAGACGUCGCGUUUUCGCCCUACGGAGAUUACUGGAGGCAGAUGAGAAAGAUAUGCGUGUUGGAGCUUUUGAGCUCAAAGAUGGUGAAAUCAUUUGUCGCUUCCUUUAGACAGGAAGAGCUGUCGGAGCUUGUAUCGUCGAUUAAGGCCGCCGGGUCGUCGGCUCCGAUCAACUUGACGGAGAAGAUAUGUUGGUUCACGAGCUCGACGAUUGCUAAGGCCGCGUUUGGGAGAGUGCGGCGUGAAGAUCAAGAGAGGUUCAUUGUUCUUGCCAAAGAUGUGCUCUCCUUAGCCGGGGGAUUUGACGUCGCCGAUUUGUUUCCGUCCAAGAAAUGGAUUCAUUACAUUAGUGGGACCAAACCCAGAUUGUUGAAGGCUCACCGUGAGGUGGAUAAAAUUAUUGAAAUCAUCAUUCAAGACCACAAAGACAACUUUAUUGCAAACAAACCAAGAGAUGAAGAAGACCUAGUUGAUGUUUUACUAAGACUCAAGGAGGAUGGAGACCUUCAAAUUCCUCUCAAACCAGAUAACAUUAAAGCAGUCAUCACUGACAUGUUCACUGCUGGGGUUGAAACAUCUGCCAAUAUAAUUAAUUGGGCAAUGGCUGAAAUGAUGAAAAAUCCAAGUGUGAGGUCCAAGGCACAAGCUGAGCUGAGACAAGCCCUAAAGGGAAAGAAAACAUUUGAAGAUCAAGAUUUGGAGAAAUUAACUUACCUAAACCUUGUGAUUAAAGAAACCCUUAGACUCCAUCCUCCACUUCCACUUUUACUCCCCAGAGAAAGCAUGGAAGAAGCACAGAUUGAUGAGUACAUUAUACCUCCCAAGACUAGAGUCUUCAUUAAUGCUUGGGCUAUUGUCACCGAUCCUAAGUAUUGGAAAGAUCCAGAAAUGUUUCUGCCUGAAAGAUUUGAGAAUAGUUCUGUGGGAUUCACGGGGAAUCACUAUGAGUUUAUACCUUUCGGUUCGGGGAGAAGAAUCUGUCCUGGAAUUUCAUUUUCUUUGGCUAGCAUUACCGAAUCAUUGGCUGCUUUAUUGUACCACUUCGAUUGGGAAAUUACUGGUGGAGUUAGUCCUAAUGAUUUGGAUAUGAGUGAGGCAAUGGGUAUAACUGUGGGCAAAAAAGAAGAUCUUUUCUUGAUUGCUCAGCCUUUCGUCUCUGAGCCUUGAAACAAUUAUUGGUUAUUGAUAAUAAUUAAUUGCGUGUGCGCGCGCAAUAUGUGUGUAUAUGUUUCUUUUUUAUUAGG